ACUCACUUGUUCCGCGAACUUUCGGGUCAAUACUUACCCCUACCAGACACGGAAACGGCGCGAGCGCAAAACUGAAAAUGUUCUGAACGGUUUAUUGAGACGUUUAAAGUGUGCGGUUGAAAUUGGUUUUUGGAAAUAUUCGCGUUCAAAUAAUAGUAUGAACAAGAGCUCCUCGAGGGUACCACGAACUAGUAACGCUCUGAGGCGGCUCCAAGCUGCCAGAAAUCAUCAAAAUCUAAGGGUGUCCAAGUAUAUUUUUAAUGACGAUUUCAGAGAAAGUUUACCUUCAAUCCCCAAAUUCAUUAAUAACAGUCUCUCGUCUUUUUGAAAAAAAUCAAAUUUAAAAAUUUAACAUCAAUUUAAUUUGGUUAAUCUAAAGUGGUCAAAAUGAGUAGCUACGAUAACGUUUCGAUUUUUGGAAAACUACUUACGGCUGGAACAUCUGCUUGCAUUGCCGAUGCCAUGACAUUUCCAUUGGACACUGCCAAAGUUCGAUUACAAAUUCAAGGUGAAAGGGUAGGGGCCGUCCAUAAUGGAACCGUGGCUAUUAUGAGAGCGGAAGCUCGACAACUUGGACUUUUUGGAAUGAUAGGCACCAUGGUGCGUCAAGAAGGCACAAGGAGCCUGUACAAUGGCCUAUCAGCCGGUCUGCAACGACAGAUGUGUUUCGCAUCAGUGCGAAUUGGACUAUACGACAACUUCAAGGCAUUCUACCAGCAGCUUAUUGACGGCAAACAACGAGACGGAAGCUUGAACGUUGGUGCCAGGGUUGCCGCGGGAUUAACAACAGGAGGAUUAGCCGUUCUUAUCGCCCAACCAACAGAUGUCGUCAAAGUCCGAUUCCAAGCAUCCAUCAUGGGAACUUCCUCAGUACGAUACUCAUCCACACUUCAAGCAUAUAAAAUGAUUGCAACCACGGAAGGAUUUAAAGGAUUAUGGAAAGGAACUUUUCCUAAUGUUAGCAGAAACGCUAUCGUUAACGUUUCAGAAAUUGUUUGUUAUGAUCUGAUUAAAGAUACUAUUAUGUAUAAUCAUCUUAUGAAAGAUGGUGUUCCAUUACAUUUUACUUCUGCAGUUAUUGCAGGUUUUUGUACAACCGUUGUUGCUUCUCCUGUAGACGUCGUAAAAACAAGAUAUAUGAACUCAGCUAAAGGACAAUAUAAAGGAGCAUUAGAUUGUGCUGUGAGGAUGUUUAUGCAAGAAGGAAGUAAAGCGUUUUACAAAGGAUUCACGCCGUCGUUUUACCGGUUGGUGAGUUGGAAUAUAAUGAUGUGGAUAACGUACGAGCAAAUGAAGUUGUUCGUUGGGAAUCAUUUUGGACAAAGGGAUUGAGUCUCGAUUUGAUAAAGGAA